AUGAAUGAAUUCGUCGACACUGUUGUACGAAUCGAUAACCGCUUCUACGACCGACAGCGAGAAGAAAGCGAACUUAAACAAUGGCGCCGUAACCCAGGACGAGGAAACGGCGGACGAUUCCAACAAAGACGGAACUUUGGGAGAAGGGACAACGACCCCUACGGACCCAAACCAAUGGAACUCGAUGCAGCAAGGCUGCCUACCGAAGAACAGAAACGACGCAAAAACAACAACCUGUGCUUCAACUGUGGUAAGCCAGGACACCGAAUCAAGGACUGCCGAAGCAAGAGGCAGGAGAAACCCCAACAAUUGAACGCGACCCAAGAACGAAGAGGUGCGUACGACACUACUGGCACCGAGAAACCAGAACAAGGGAAGCCUCAACGGCUCUACGCGACGCAGGAGCGCGACUGGGAAGGCCCCAUGAUUGUGGAUGGGAGCAAGCCACCAGGACUGUAUCGGGAUGAGCGAAUGCUCUCCGAAACAGACGACGAAGAAUUCCCAGAGAUCGACUAUGAAAUCAUCGAAAACUCGCCGCAGAUGAUCAUGCCGCGGAACUGA